AUGUAUGAAAAUCAGGAUGGCAUAGUGAGCGUCCUCACUCAGCUGUUUGAGCAUUCUGAUAUCCUGAUAACCAAACUCGUUCCGGAACUCUUCCAAUCCAUCCGGAAUACACCUCUUGAAACCAUAGACCCCACUAACGCGCUCAUUGAACGUGCUAUCGCUAUCAUCCACGCGUGGAAUGCACAUGAGCAAGCAGAAUUCAUCACUGCACACCCAAGGAUCGGGGAGAUCAAACAGCUCUCUGCGUUGAGCGCCAAAGAGCAAAGUGGUGGCCUCUCUGCUACAACAAGGUCGGAGACACCCCCAGAGGUGUUAAAACGGCUGGAACACCUUAACGCGUGUUAUGAGCGUGUGUACUCUGGACUGAGGUACAUCACGUUCGUGAACGGGAGAACUAGGGCUGCAAUUGCGAGGGAGAUGGAGGACAAGCUACAGCUUGGACACCCUUUGGAGAGCUAUCCAGAUGGGUCUCCGCUGAACGAGCCUGCGGCAGAAAGCCUGAUCUAUGUCGCGAAGAACAGUGAGGACUGGUUAAGUGAGCUGAAACGAGCGGUGGAUGAUGUAGGGAAGAUCGCUAAGAGUAGACAGAAGUCAUUGGGGUGGUGA